GGAGUGCGGCGCGGGGACAGGCGCUGGGCGGCCGCGGAGCUCCGGGUGCCGUCGCGUCCCCAGCGCCCCGGCCGGCCUGCGGGGGCGGCGCAGUUGCGAAACUGAGUGCCUGUGUAGAUCCUCCUAGAAUACCUGUGUGGUGCUGUCCUUCCUCAAGACUACCUCGUUCUCACUGGCUGGGAGACUCCUGCGUGCUGAGCUGACUCCACAGACUCAACCUUCUUCACUCCGUGUUCCUGCGGCUAGAGACAUGACCUAACACCCUGAUGACCACUCUCAGGGCCCUUGAGUGACUGGCUGCUGCACCAUGGAACUUAAAGUAUGGGUGGAUGGAGUUCAGAGGAUUGUUUGUGGAGUCACUGAAGUCACAACUUGCCAGGAGGUUGUCAUCGCCUUAGCUCAAGCAAUAGGUCGAACUGGAAGGUACACCCUUAUAGAGAAAUGGAGAGAUACUGAAAGACACUUAGCACCUCAUGAAAAUCCUAUCAUAUCCUUAAACAAAUGGGGGCAGUAUGCUAGUGAUGUGCAGCUCAUUCUACGACGAACCGGGCCGUCGCUCAGUGAGCGACCCACUUCAGACAGUGUGGCUCGAAUUCCUGAAAGAACUUUAUACAGGCAGAGUCUGCCCCCCUUAGCUAAACUGAGGCCUCAGAUCGACAAAUCAAUCAAAAGGAGAGAACCGAAAAGAAAAUCACUGACAUUUACAGGAGGUGCCAAAGGAUUAAUGGACAUUUUUGGAAAAGGUAAAGAAACAGAGUUUAAGCAAAAGGUGCUGAAUAACUGCAAAACAACAGCAGAUGAGUUGAAGAAGCUGAUCCGUCUGCAGACAGAGAAGCUUCAAUCCAUUGAGAAACAGCUGGAAUCUAAUGAAAUAGAAAUACGAUUUUGGGAGCAAAAGUAUAAUUCCAACCUUGAAGAGGAAAUUAUCCGUCUAGAGCAAAAGAUCAAAAGAAACGAUGUAGAAAUUGAGGAGGAAGAAUUCUGGGAAAAUGAGUUACAGAUUGAACAGGAAAAUGAAAAACAGCUGAAGGAUCAACUUCAAGAAAUAAGACAGAAAAUAACAGAAUGUGAAAACAAAUUAAAGAACUAUUUGGCACAGAUCCGGACUAUGGAAAGUGGUCUUGAAGCAGAAAAAUUGCAACGGGAAGUUCAGGAGGCACAGGUCAAUGAGGAAGAGGUUAAAGGAAAGAUCGGUAAGGUCAAAGGGGAAAUUGACAUUCAAGGCCAGCAGAGUCUGAGGUUGGAAAAUGGCAUUAAAGCUGUGGAAAGAUCUCUUGGACAAGCCACCAAACGCUUACAGGACAAAGAACAGGAACUGGAGCAGUUGACUAAGGAGUUGCGGCAAGUCAAUCUCCAGCAGUUUAUCCAGCAGACGGGGACAAAAGUUACCGUUUUGCCAGCGGAGCCCAUUGAAAUAGAGGCCUCACAUGCAGACAUUGAAAGGGAGGCACCAUUCCAGUCUGGGUCCCUGAAGCGACCUGGUUCAUCUCGGCAGCUCCCCAGUAAUCUUCGCAUUCUGCAGAAUCCUAUCUCAUCUGGUUUUAAUCCUGAAGGCAUAUAUGUAUGACAUUAUCUGUCUUUGGGGGGAGACCCAAAAGAGGUACCAAGGACAGUAAACUUCCUUUCUGAUUUGUGCCAAUGAUGAACAGAGGAUCUAUUCCACAAGCCGCUGUAUGUUUUUUCUCUCCUAAAUUGCAUACCACUUGGAGCCAUACCCUGUGCACUGAUGCUAAAGAACAAAGAAACUGUGUUUUCACACAUCAACAGUGUUGAUAUUUUUGUCCAGCAGCUGUAAUGCAAAGCCUUCGUUUUUAUUUGUAGUAUUUUGAGAGCUUUAGGAAAGUAUUAUAUAGUGUGUAUACAUAAAUAAACCGUGACUUAAGUAAGAGUGAAGAGAAAUUUGUGACUGGCUUAGUUUAAUUUAUUUCAUGUAAUCAAUUAAUGUGUGAAUGUUGAUGUUUUAAUAUUUUUAUUGACUUGUCCUGUGACUGACUUACAUUAUAUAUUGUGUGAUUAUGACUGUGUGCAUGUUGCCAGACUCCAUCCAUGCAUUGCUGAUUUACACUACACAGGUGUCCUAGGGUGCUCCACCAUCAAAACUAACUCCAGAGGAAGCCGCUUGCAUUUGUUUUGUGAAACUGUCCUAGCCAGUGCUUAAUUAGGUGAAAGAAUUCAGGGGUUUUUUAAAUCUGGAAUUUAGUCUUUCCUUUACAAUAUUUCCAAAUAUAUUUGUGGCCACAUAGCAUAAAAGAUAUUUUUCAUGAGGUAAAUUGUAUGUCUAAAACAUUUGCAGUGUUUCAGACACUGUUGAACAAAAAUGUAAUUGUUAAGUAUGUAUCCAAACAGGCAUGGGGUUUCCUGAUACAUCAUGUGUUUUGUUUCUGCCCUGUCUUAUCAUUUACACUCGCGGAUCUUCAGAAUUGAUCUAACAUAUAAGUUAUAGGUAUCUGAGGGCAGGGUUGGUCUACUUCAGGAACAUUGCUUCAUGUAUAUGAUCUAUUGGUGUACACACCAUGGGUAAGGUAUUGCUCGCACAUCAUUUACUCUGUGUAUUAUGGACCAUUGUGUUUUCUCCCAGUCACUUAGAUGGAAAGGAGAUUAAACCCUAGGUACUUUUUAGCAAGAAAAUAAAGUCAAAUUCAGCAUAUGUUUUUAUUUUUAGGCUUGACUUUUACAAGACAUUAAUCUCCAUUUGUACAUAUGUUUUUUUAUUUGUAAAGCCAAAAAUGAGUCAACACCUUUUUCAUGAGUAGUGACUUAACUAAGAUUUACAAGUAAUAUUUAGACAGAUUCAGUCAGACACCACUUAGCCAUUUUUACAUUCCCUCUGGUUACAUUUGGUACAGUAUAAUUAAGACUUUAAUCUGAAAUUUAAAGUAGUUUUAAUUCUGAAGAAAUUAUAUCCUCUAUUAUUUACAUGCAACAAAAUAAAAGUGAAUUCAUAUAGUAAUGCCGUGGUAACAAUAGAGAUAUGUCUUAUGCAUGAAGGCAACUUUGGAUGUUUUAACACAUUUGACUUACUUUGGUUUAGUGAAUGCUGACAAUGCUGCUCUACCUUGGUUUCCUAUGAAAAAUUUUAAGAAUGGCUAUGAGACUGUAUAGAAGCUUCUAGAGAACUGAAAGUAAUAAUGCAGAGUUGCCUUUUCUAGUGCAGCUAAGUGGCGGACCUCAACUGAAGAUAUGAUUUUCUUUGGGUUCUUGGAGUUAUCAAAGUGAUCUUGCCAUUAUGUUACUUUGCAAAUAACUGAAGUAAAUGAUUUUUACCUAAAUAACCACAACCUGUACACAUUUGCUUACAAUUUAUAAUAAUUAUUUUCUAUCUACCUAUAUUUAAAAUUAGAAUGAUUAAAAAAUAAUUUAUAGCUUUUGUGACAGUAGUGAUUUACAUAUGCCCAAUAUAUGCCUUAUUUCUAAAUAACUCAUUCUGUAUAAAGUCAUUUUGUUGUUCAGAGAAAUCAAGAUCUUAUUCACAAAGAAAAACAUUUUAUAAAUUGAUCACAUUUUAUUUAAGUCAAAAUGUUAAACUGGAGGCAGUAUUAAACUUUGCAAUUAGAAGUUUCAGAGAUGCCUUAGCAUACCAUGAAAAACACUGUCAAUAGUAAGUUUACUAUAAAUUGUUAUCAGAAUUAACCUAAUAACUUUAAAGAAGGACAAGCAGCAUCCCAGCAACAUGCAGUAGUCUUGGGUUCCCAGCAUAGUGUCACAGUUAACGUCUCUGACAACUUCAUCAGAAUUUCCAAGCUGCCAAAUAAUCUUCAUAGACCUGAUUACAGAUUUUUAAAAAUUUCCUAGAUGAGGAAAGUAUAGAAAUGUGAAUAUGAUGAAUACAUUGAGAAACUGUACUUUUUAAUUAGUUAUAUUACUUCUGGAAGCACAUAUCUAAGGAAUAUUUUCUAAUAAUCAGAGGGAAAAAACUCGUUUUCAUAGGAACAUCUGAAGAUACUUUAGUGUAUUUGUGAUCAUUUUUAUCUAUUGCAAAUACAAAUGAGUUAGAUAAGUGCCACAUCUUGGACACAUUUCGGAGGGGAGUGGGCAAUGGUAUACAAAAAUGCCAAAUAUAAAAUUUUCAUCUGGGGGGAAUAUUCAGGUUCUAAAUACUAAAUUAGAUUACAAUAUUUUUUGUUUUUUUUUUUAAAAAAACAUAUUGCAACUUGUUUUAUUGUGAUUUUCUAUAAGUAUUAAAUACAUUUAAAGAUCUUUUUAUCUUGCCAGGAAAUAAUUUGGAAUAGCGUUGGUAUAUUUGACCUUUUGAGUGUCUGUCGUCCUCAGAGAAUGGCCCAUAGUGUGUCACCCGUAGACAUAGUGUCCAUAGUCCUUUUGUUGUCCUUCUGAGAUAUUUUGGUUUGAUAACAUUUGUUGUUGUUG